GAAUAAGUCCCCCUGUCAGUGGAGGAUGGGAUACUUCAACCUGGGGAAUAAAAUCAAACGCAGAGCCUCAGAGUCAACCAGCAGCCUCUCCUAAAGCAAUUACAAAGCCAGUUCGGAGAACGGUGGUAGAUGAAUCUGAAAAUUUCUUCAGUGCCUUUCUCUCGCCAGCGGAUGUGCAGACCAUUCAGAAGAGUCCAGUGGUAUCCAAACCGCCGGCUAAAUCACAGAGACCAGAAGAAGAAGUGAAAAGCACCUUACAGGAGACCGUGCACACUGGAGGGUCAAGAACACCUGAAACAACUGAGUCAAAAGGGACUGACUCUUUUCCCUGUGUGUCCCCAGGGGAAAACCGGGCAGUAGCCACUCUGUCACCUAAAACUGAAGGCGAGCAUGGAGAAACCGUUAAUAAAGAUUCUGAUAUGAAGGUGUCAACCCUAAGUUCGAAAGUAUCUGAGAGUGUAAUUAAUGUGAAAACAACGAGGGAAAGUGUGUCUAACAUGUCUACGCAGUCUCCCACAGCAGAAACAAAGGACAUAGCUUCAGAAGCAAAGGAACAGAAACACGAAGACAGACAGAGCAAUACACCUUCUCCUCCCGUUAGUACCUUCUCCUCAGGUACUUCUACUACCAGUGAUAUUGAAGUUUUAGAUCAUGAAAGUGUAAUAAGUGAGAGCUCAGCAAGUUCGAGACAAGAGACUACAGAUUCAAAAUCAAGUCUUCACUUGAUGCAGACAUCUUUUCAGCUUCUCUCAGCAUCUGCUUGUCCCGAGUAUAAUCGUUUAGACGACUUCCCCAAACUCACUGAGAGUUGCUGCUCAUCUGAUGCUUUUGAAAGAAUAGACUCGUUUAGUGUACAGUCAUUAGAUAGCCGAAGUGUAAGUGAAAUCAAUUCAGACGACGAAUUGUCAGGCAAGGGUUAUGCUUUAGUGCCUAUUAUAGUUAAUCCUUCAACCCCAAAGACUAAAGUAGUUGAACCUGUUGAAGGAAAAUCGGAGGAAGAAGUAAAUGAAACAGUUAUACCCACGGAGGAAACAGAAAUGGAAGAAAGUGGACGGAGUGCAACUCCUGUGAACUGUGAACAGCCUGAUAUCUUGGUUUCUUCUCCGCCAAUAAAUGAAGGACACACUGUCUUAGACAAGGUGGCUGAGCAGUGCGAAGCUGCAGGAAGUCAGCCAGAAGCACUUUCUGAGGAGGAGGACAUUUGCAAGAAAGUUGCAUUUCUGAACGAGAAACUGGACAAAAGGGAGGCUCAGUUAUUAUCUCUUAGUAAAGAAAAAGCACUUCUAGAAGAAGCUUACGAUAAUCUGAAAGAUGAAAUGUUCAGAGUGAAAGAAGAAAGCAGCAGCAUUUCUUCCUUGAAAGAUGAGUUUGCUCAAAGAAUUGCAGAAGCAGAAAAGAAAGUUCAGCUAGCCUGCAAAGAGAGAGAUGCUGCUAAAAAGGAAAUCAAAACUAUGAAAGAGGAACUUGCAACUAGAUUAAAUUGUAGUGAAACUUCAGACCUUUUGAAAGAGAAAGAUGAGCAGAUCCGAGGAUUAUUGGAAGAAGGAGAAAAACUUUCAAAACAGCAGUUGCAGAGUUCUAACAUCAUUAAGAAAUUAAGAGCUAAAGACAAAGAAAAUGAAAAUAUUAUUGCAAAGCUGAAGAAAAAAGUUAAAGAGCUAGAAGAAGAGUUGCAACAUUUGAAACAGGUCCUUGAUGGUAAAGAAGAAGUUGAGAAACAACAUAGAGAAAAUAUUAAAAAACUAAAUUCUGUGGUCGAACGUCAAGAGAAAGAUCUUGGCCAACUUCAAGUGGAUAUGAAUGAACUUGAAGAAAAGAACCGAAGUAUUCAGGCUGCUCUUGACAGUGCAUACAAAGAACUUACUGAUCUCCACAAAGCCAAUGCUGCAAAGGCUAGUGAGGCACAGGAAGCUGCUCUGAGUCACGAAAUGAAAGCUAAGGAAGAACUUUCUGCAGCUCUAGAGAAGGUCCAAGAAGAAGCCCGUCAGCAGCAAGAAGCAUUAGCCAUUCAGAGACUCCAGGAAGCAGAAAAUCGAAACCAGGAACUGAGUCAAAGUGUUUCGUCAACAACAAGACCAUUGCUUCGACAGAUAGAAAAUUUGCAGGCAACACUAGGGUCCCAGACAUCGUCGUGGGAGAAGUUAGAGAAGAAUCUCUCUGACAGGCUGGGUGAAUCUCAGACCUUGUUGGCAGCAGCCGUUGAAAGAGAACGUGCGGCUACGGAAGAACUCCUUGCCAACAAAAUUCAGCUGUCUUCCAUGGAGUCACAGAAUUCUCUCUUAAGACAGGAAAACAGUAGAUUUCAGGCCCAGCUAGAAUCAGAGAAAAAUAGGCUAAUAAAACUGGAAGAUGAAAAAAAUAGGUACCAGGUUGAAUUAGAAAACCUAAAAGAUGAUUAUGUGAGAACACUUGAAGAGACAAGGAAAGAAAAGACACUGUUGAACAGUCAGUUAGAAAUGGAGAAAAUGAAAGUUGAACAAGAAAGGAAGAAAGCCAUUUUUACUCAAGAAGCAAUAAAAGAAAAGGAACGGAAACCAUUUUCUGUUUCUAGUACGCCCACAAUGUCACGAUCAAGUUCAAUAAGUGGAGUUGAGAUGGCAGGGCUGCAAACAUCUUUCCUGUCUCAGGAUGAGCCUCAUGAUCUCUCACUUGGACCAAUGUCUGUAUCAGCAAGUGGAAGCAAUCUUUAUGAGGCUGUAAGGAUGGGGGCAGGAUCCAGCAUUAUCGAAAAUCUACAGUCCCAGCUACAACUAAGGGAAGGAGAAAUUACUCAUUUACAGGUAGAAAUUGGCAGUUUAGAAAAAACACGCUCCAUAAUGGCUGAAGAGCUAGUUAAAUUAACAAAUCAAAAUGAUGAACUUGAAGAGAAAGUGAAGGAGAUACCCAAACUUCGAACUCAGCUAAGAGAUUUGGAUCAGAGAUACAACACUAUUUUGCAGAUGUAUGGAGAAAAAGCGGAAGAGGCGGAAGAACUUCGAUUAGAUCUUGAAGAUGUAAAAAAUAUGUAUAAGACUCAAAUAGACGAACUUUUAAGACAGAGGCUCAGUUAACUUCUGAAAAUUACAUUCCCAUCAAACUGAAUGUAAUCAUUUAAUAACUAAAUGCAGACUUUCAAUAAAUUCUCUUGUAGAAUUAGAAAGUGGAAUUUAUUAUAGAGAUAAAACAUUGGAAAAAGUUUUAUAGUAUAUAGUAAUAUUUGCAGUUAAAUUAUUUUGUGCAAUAUUUGAACUUUAUUUUUGAAACUAUCUUUAAAGAUUUAUUUUUUAAAGCAUCUUUUUUUUUUCCAUGAAUAGCACCGAGAUUUAUUACUUUAUCCUUAUGUCAGUAUGGUUGGGGAAGAAUAAUGGUGUUCAUACAUUGUAUUAUAGAUAAAAACUAAUUAUAUCUAUAAUUUAUAUGUUUGUAUAUAUUGAGAACAUUCAAUGAGUGAUAUUGAUAUAUUGAAACUUUGAAAUCUUUCACACUUAAAUCUUCAACAUUUCUAUUUACUGCUCAUGAAAAUGGACAUUAAGUGUCCAAUUUUUAAAAAAUAUUAAACUUCCUGUUACUAAA